UAAUUGCAGUAACGUGCGUGGCUUCCCCUGCUCAAAAGCAAAGAACCUUUCUCCCCCCCUCUCUCCACACACACACACACACACACACCGCUUUCGUUGUUUACAACUGCUCGAAUCAGCGCACCGCGCUUACUAGAUUUCCAAGCCGAUUAGUGUUGCAGGGUUUAGACUUCAUAUAUUUGAUGUGAUCACACCUGACUGCUGCGUCAUUGAAGCGGAGGGAAUUUGGGAAAUUUGAAAAAUGUUGGAGGAUCAGGUGGCGUAUCUGUUGCAGAGGUAUUUGGGCAACUAUGUCCGAGGUCUCAACAAAGAGGCACUCAAGAUCAGUGUCUGGCAAGGUGAUGUAGAACUGACCAAUAUGGAACUGAAGCCAGAGGCACUCAAUGCGUUAAAAUUACCAGUGAAGGUUAAGGCUGGGUUUCUUGGAUCAGUGAAGCUUAAGGUUCCGUGGAGCAGGCUUGGGCAAGACCCAGUUUUAGUUUAUCUAGAUCGCAUUUUUUUAUUAGCCGAGCCUUCAACCAUGGUUGAGGGAUCUAGUGAGGAUGCUGUCCAAGAAGUUAAGAAGAGUCGUAUCCGAGAAUUGGAAAAGAAGCUGCUGGAGAGUCAACAACAGCUGAAUAUGGAAGUGAAUAAAUCUUGGCUUGGAUCUUUAAUCAAUACGGUUAUCGGGAAUCUAAAGCUUUCCAUAUCAAAUAUUCACAUCAGAUAUGAAGAUCUUGAGAGUAACCCAGGGCAUCCAUUUGCUGCUGGUGUGACCUUAGAUAAACUCUCAGCGUUCACAGUGAAUGAUAAAGGGGAGGAGACUUUUAUAACCGGAGGUGCAUUGGAGAGAAUCCAGAAGACCGUAAAACUGGAAAGAAUGGCUGUUUAUUUGGAUGCUGAUAUCAGGCCAUGGUAUAUUGCAAAAUCAUGGGAGGAUUUGCUACCAUCCGAGUGGGAACAGAUCUUCAAAUUUGGGACUAAGGAUGGAAAACCUGCAGCGAGUGUUCUGGAAAAGCACUCUUAUGUUUUGCAACCAGUAAGUGGAAGUGCCAAGUAUUCAAAAGACCGCUCUGAUGCUUCCACUAAGAAAGAUCAAGCACUGCAGAAUGCUGAUGUGAAACUUGACGAUGUGACCCUUUGCUUGUCAAAGAAUGGGUACCGUGAUUUGUUGAAAUUGGCUGAUAAUUUCACAGCCUUCAAUCAGAGACUGAAAUAUGCUCAUUAUCGUCCACGCGUAUCUAUAAAAAUUGAUCCAAGAUCAUGGUGGAAGUUCGCCUGCAAAGCAACUUCAGACCAAAUGAAGAAAGCCAGUGGAAAAUUGCCAUGGGAGCAAGUCCUGCGAUAUGCUAGAUUGCGUAAGAAAUACAUAUCGCUCUAUGCUGCAUUACUCAAAUCAGAUCUUGAACGCACUGUGAUUGAUGACAACAAAGAGAUAGAGGAACUUGAUAGGGAACUUGAUAUAGAAGUCAUUCUUCAGUGGAGGAUGUUAGCCCAUAAGUUUGUGGAGCAAUCAACUGAAGCAGAACUCUUUCUAAGAAAGCAAAGAGAAAAAAAAUCAUGGUGGUCAUUUGGAUGGACCAAUCAACCUGUUAAAGAUGAAAAUGAACCAGGGGCUCUCACUGGAGAAGAUUGGAAGAGAUUGAAUGAUAUUAUUGGAUACAAGGAAGCUGAUGAGGAACAACUAUUGAUCCAUGACAAGCGGAGACCAAAUAUGUUCUUGAAGCUUUUUAUGAAACAUAAUGCAUCAAAGCUGAUGGACUCUGAGGAGUGCCUUGCUGACUUAUCCUGUGAUAAUCUUGAGUCUUGCAUAAAGCUGUAUCCGGAGACACAAGUUGUUGAUGUAAAAUUGGGAUCAUACAGAUUACUCUCCCCAAAUGGUCUUCUUGCUGAGAGUGAAAGUGAGUCAGAUUCACUGGUUGCUCUCUUUAGCUAUAAACCUCUUGAUGGAGAUCUCGACUGGAGUCUGGUUGCUAAAGCGUCACCGUGUUAUGUGACUUAUUUGAAGGACUCCAUCAAUCAAAUCAUUGACUUUUUUCAAAGUAGUGCUACUGUGAGUCAGACUCUGGUCCAGGAAACUGCUUCUGCUGUGCAGAUGACCAUUGAUGAAGUGAAGCGCACAGCGACUAAGCAAAUGAACAGGGCAUUGAAAGAGCGCAUCAGGUUUCACUUGGAUUUAGAUAUUGCAGCACCCAAGAUUACUAUUCCUACUGACUUCUAUCCUGAUAGUGUCCACCCUACAAAGCUCCUGAUUGAUCUGGGAAAGUUAGUUAUUCGUUCUCAGGAUGAUGCUGAAUAUGCUUCACCUGAAGAGAUGAACAUGUAUACACAAUUCAAUUUGGUCUUGAGAGAUGUAUCAGCUUUUCUUGUUGAUGGUGACUAUAGCUGGAGCCUAUCUAUGCCAAAUAGAACUGAUGUUUUAUCUAAGGGUAGCUCUAUCAGUUUCCUACCAGUUAUCGAUAAGUGUGGAGUAUUUUUAAAGCUUCAGCAGAUUAGAUCACAAGUUGCAUCCCUUCCAUCAACGCGACUUGCUAUGAGACUUCCCUCCAUUGGGUUUCACUUUUCUCCAUCACGCUAUCAUCGUCUAAUGCAAGUGGCCAAGAUCUUUCAAGGGGAGGAUGCAGAUCAUUCAGCUCUAGUGCGUCCAUGGGACGAAGCUGAUUAUGUGGGCUGGCAUUAUCAUCUUGCGAGAAAGGGUGUUGGAGGUAGAGAAGCUGUUUGGCAGCGCAGAUAUUUUUGUAUAGUUGGGCCAUCUCUUUAUAUGUUAGAAACUCCCGAGUCAAGAAAUUAUGAACAAUACUUCAGCUUACGGGGAAAACAUUUAUAUCAAGUUCCUGCUGAGCUUCUUGGUAAUGUGGAACAUGUAUUGGCUGUUUGUGAUGCUGACCGCCCCUAUUCCAAGGUUUUAGAAGAUACAAGUGCUCUGAUUUUUCGUUUCGACUCUGAAGGCUCAAGGAAAAAUUGGCAAAGCUAUCUUCAAGGAGCAAUUUAUCGUGCCUCGGUUAGUGCUCCUAUAAGUGGUCUACUUGAAACCUUGUCCGACUCAGAAGGCUCUGAGACCAGCAACCAAGAUUUAACAGAUGCAUCAGCAAUAGAGAAUUUCUUUUUAACCGGCUUACUUGAUGAGUUGAAGAUAAGUUUUAGUUACAGUGACCAGCGCGAUCAAAGUCUGUUGAAGAUGCUUCUUGCUGAAGAGAAGCGUUUGUUUGAGAUACGAGCAAUUGGUGGACAAGUUGAACUAUCUGUGAGAGCAAGCGAUAUUUUCAUUGGCACAGUGCUUAAAGCUUUGGAAAUAGAGGACUCAUUUUGUUGCAAAGGGACAUCUCAGAUUUGCUACAUAGCAAGAUCAUUCAUCAGGAGCUCAGAUGCACCUUCCAUAUUAGAUAAUGUUAAUAUUCUAACUCAAUCAAGGAAUGAUCCUGGCCAACUUGAGGGAGAUGAUGAGUUUUAUGAGGCAUCUGAGGAUCUUAACAGUUCAGUUGGUAGCCCACUGUCAUCGGGAAAUGAUAGUUCAGGAAUAAUCACAGAUAACUUCGACUUGGAGGCCCCAUGUUUCAGCCGUGUUGCAGGGUUACUGCCUCUUGGUGUAACACAUAUGGAAGCUGGUGACGUGGGAGCAAGUGAUUCACUGGACAGUUUUGUCAAAGCUCAGAUUGUUAUUUUUGAUCAGAACUCACCCCUUUAUUCCAAUGUUGAUAAACAAGUUGCAGUCACUCUCUCCACACUGACGUUUUACUGUCGUAGACCCACUAUAUUAGCUAUUAUGGAUUUCGUUGAUGCCAUAAACACUUCAGCGGAGAGCUCCAAUGACCAUAAGGAUGUGUCUUCAACGUCUGCUGUUCCACAUUCUACGCAGAACGUAAUUUCUAAUGAUGAGCUGCCACUGUCUGCUCCAGCAGAAGAGCCUCUAGAAUCUUUGUUGGGGAAGGGGAAAUCCAGAGUGAUUUUCUAUUUACUACUGAAUAUGGCACGUGCUGAGAUUUUUCUAAUGAAGGAAAAUGACUCUAAACUUGCUUCCUUGGCUCAAGAUAGCUUUCUUACUGAUAUCAAGGUGUUUCCUUCGUCUUUUAGUAUAAAAGCAUCCCUUGGGAAUCUGAGGAUAAGUGAUGAUAGUCUUCAGAGCAAUCAUAUGUAUUUCUGGGCCUGUGACAUGAGGAAUCCUGGUGGUAGCUCUUUUGUGCAGCUGGAAUUUUGUUCAUUUCAUACUGAUGAUGAAGAUUACGAGGGCUAUAACUAUAGCCUCCGUGGGCAGCUCUCUGAAGUCCGAAUUAUCUAUUUGAAUCGGUUUAUCCAAGAGGUUGUCAGUUACUUUAUGGGUCUUGUUCCUGCUGAUUCAAAGGAUGUUGUCUGGAUAAAAGAUCAAGUGGCGAAUUCAGAGAACUGGCUUACUGGCAGUGAAAUUGAAGGAUCACCUGCAGUUAAAUUGGAUCUUUCGCUUAACAAGCCCAUUAUUUUAAUGCCUAAGAGAACAAACAGCACUGACUAUUUGAAACUUGAUGUAGUUCAAAUCACUGUUCAGAACAAGUUUAGAUGGUUUGGUGGGAAUAGAAGCGACAUGAAAGCAUUGCAUGUGGACAUUCUUCAAAUUCUUGUUGAAGAUAUCAACUUAAAUGUUGGUUCCGGGUCUGUAUUAGGUGAAAGCAUAAUUCAAAAUGUUAAGGGUGUUUCUCUUGUCAUUCAGAGAACUCUCCGUGAUUUGUUGCAUAGAGUUCCAAGUACAGAAGUCACUAUUACGAUUGAAGAAUUGAAAGCAGCUUUGUCCAGCAAAGAAUAUGAAAUUAUCAUCGAAUGUGCACAAUCUAAUAUUUCAGAGACACCAAAUCUUGUGCCUUCACUUAAAAACGAAACUGCAUCCUCUUUGAUUGAAGUGGGGGAAUCCAGCGCAACUCGAAGUUUAGAUCCUGCAAAAUCUAAAUCAGAGCCCAAGGAAUCAUGGAUUGCUACAAAGGUUUCUUUGCAUAUAGACAUGGUUGAACUUAGUCUUCAUUAUGGCAUUACAAGGGAUACAUCACUUGCUACACUCCAGAUACGUGGAGUAUGGCUUCUGUAUAAAUCUAAUACAGUUGGGGAAGGCUUUCUGUCAACCACGCUUAAGGAUUUGAUUGUUGUUGAUGACCGCGAAGGAACAGAAAAGGAGCUCAGGUUGGCUGUUGGGAAGCCUAAUGUUGGUGAAUACAAUCCUACAGCAACUAUGCUCAAUAACACAGAUCAUAAUGUUGUGGACAGCAAUUCUUUGGUGGAAGGUGCAAGAAAGUACACUCCAGCAAUUCUAAUUCUCGAUGCCAAAUUCUAUGAGAAGUCCACAUUUGUUUCUUUAUGCAUCCAGAGGCCUCAGUUGCUUGUUGCACUUGACUUUUUGCUAGACAUUGCUGAGUUUUUUGUCCCGACUGUUCGUGGGGAAGUGUUAUAUGAUGAUAAUGCAAACUUUUCACCUUCUGUGCAUGCACUCAUAAUUGACCAGCCAGUUUUUCAUCAACCCUUCGACGAAUUCUCUAUUUCUCCGAAGAAGCCUUUGGUUGCUGAUGAUGAUAGAUUGGACCUUUUCAUAUAUGAUGGAGGAGGUGGGGUUUUGUAUUUGAAGGAUAGACAUGGAUUAGAUAUUUCAGAUCCGAGUAUAGAACCUUUAGUUUAUGUGGGGAAUGGAAAGAGACUACAAUUUCGGAAUGUUACAAUCAAGGUACUUCAUCGCUACAUCUUAAUGAGAUCCCCCUUCUUUUGUUCUAUCAAAUUCUAUGGAUCAGUUGCAUCUGAUAUUUCUCUUUUCCCACUUCUCCAGAUUGGAUCGUACUUAGAUUCAUGUGUUUUUCUUGGAGCAAACAGCAGCUAUUCAGCUAGUGAGGUGGAUAAUGUAUUUUUGGAGGGGGAAAAUGCAAGCCCAACUCAUCACUCUUCAGGUGGAAGCCAUGUUACUCCAGUAUCACAAAAUACUGUUUCUGCCCGACCCUCAGAAUUGGUUUUUGAAUUGCAGGCUAUUGGUCCUGAGCUCACCUUCUACAGUAAAUCAAGAAAUGCAGAGGAACAGAUCCUCUCUAACAAGCUUUUGCAUGCACAGAUGGACGCAUCCUGCAGGCUUAUUUCAAAUGGAAAUACAACAGAAAUGAAUGCAGAAAUUCUUGGUUUAACCUUGGAGAGCAAUGGAGUGAAGAUUUUGGAGCCUUUUGAUGCAUCUGUAAAAUUCACUAAUGCUUCUGGAAAAACAAACGUAAAGUUGGUGGUUUCAGACAUAUUCAUGAAUUUCUCAUUCAGCAUCUUGAGAUUGUUUUUGGCUGUUGAAGAGGAUAUCUUGUCAUUUUUAAGAACCACGUCAAAGAAAUCAACUGUUUUAUGUUCAGAAUUUGACAAAAUUGGAACCAUAAAAAGUCCUGCCAGUGAACAAGUUUAUACAUUGUGGAGACCUCAGGCUCCAUCUGGUUUUGCUGUGCUUGGCGACUAUUUGACUCCGGUUGACAAGCCACCAACUAAAGGUGUCGUUGCUGUUAAUACUAGCUUAAUACAUGUUAAGAGGCCAAAAUCUUUUAAGCUGAUUUGGCCUCCUUCACCCGUCCUUCCGGCUGAAGGCUCAGGUAUUACUGAAUUGACUGUUGAUGAAGGCUGCUCUAAGGGAGAAGCAGUGUGCUCAAUUUGGUUUCCUGAAGCCCCAAGAGGCUAUGUUGCAAUGGGUUGUGUGGCUUCUCCAGGAAGGGCACAGCCUCCUGUUUCUUCAGUCUUCUGUAUUUCGGAGUAUUUAGUUUCUCCUUGUGGAUUGAGAGAUUGCAUUGUUGUUGGGUCAUUCUCUGGGUGCCCAAACUUGGCAUUCUGGCGGGUUGAUAAUUCUAUUGGAGCAUUUCUAUCUGCUGAUCCUGCCACUUUGAGUUUGACGAAUAGAGCGUAUGAAUUACGUCAUUUUUACUUGGGUUAUCGGGGAAAUUCUUCUCAAGAGGUGAAAGGCUCUGAUCAAGCUUCUAGCUCUUUGGGUAACAAUACUAUUGAAUCAGAAAGGUCAUCAACUGUAAAUUCUAGGAGGAGGAUUGAAGCAGUUGCUUCCUUCCAGUUAAUAUGGUGGAACCAAGGUUCUGGAUCAAGAAAAAAGUUAUCUAUCUGGCGUCCUGUAGUCUCAGAAGGAAUGGUAUAUUUUGGUGAUAUUGCAGUUCAAGGGUAUGAACCACCAAAUACUUGCAUUGUUCUCCAAGAUUCAGAAGAUUAUGACCUGUAUAAAUCACCUUCUGAUUUUCAGCUUGUUGGACAAAUAAAAAAGCAAAGGAAAAUGGAUAAUAUAUCUUUCUGGAUGCCUCAGGCUCCACCUGGUUUUGUUACAUUAGGAUGUGUUGCUAGUAAAGGCAAACCCAAGCAAUCAGAUUUCACAUCAUUAAGAUGCAUUCGUGCUGAUAUGGUCUCAACAGAUCAGUUUUUGGAUGCAAGUAUAUGGGACACAUCUGACUCCAGGUAUAUGGAAGCACAAUUUAGUGUAUGGACAGUUGGAAAUGAAUUGGGAACCUUCAUUGUGAGGAAUGGAUUAAAAAAACCUCCUAAGAGGUUAGCUUUAAAACUCAGUGGUCCGGACAUACCAAGUGGUUCAGAUGAUACUUUGAUCGAUGCAGAAAUAAGAACUUUCUCUGCAGCACUAUUUGAUGACUAUGGUGGUGUGAUAGUCCCACUUUGUAAUAUUUCUCUGAGUGGCAUAGGAUUCACCUUGCAUGGGAGACCCGAUAGCCAGAAUUCUAGUGUUACAUUCUCUUUAGCUGCAAGGUCAUUCAAUGAUAAAUAUGAUUCAUGGGAGCCUCUUGUCGAACCAGUUGAUGGAUCAUUGAGGUACCAAUAUAACCCUAAUGCUCCUGGUGUGGCUUCGGAGUUACGAAUCACUUCGACAAGAGAUCUCAACCUGAAUGUGUCUGUUUCAAAUGCAAAUAUGAUUUUACAAGCCUAUGCAAGCUGGAACAAUCUUAGUCAUGGCCAAGAGUCAUGGGAGGAAGCAAGUUCUCCCUCUUGUGAAACCAGAUCAAUGACUGCUGUCCAUCAAAGAAAACAUCACUACAUUGUACCCCAGAAUAAGCUUGGAAAGGACAUUUUUAUCAGGGCCUCUGGAGUCCGGGGACUCCCUGAUAUAAUUGAAAUGCCAGCCGGAGACAGGAAGGCCCUUAAACUGCCUGUUCCAAAGAACAUGCUGGACUCUCAUCUGAAAGGAGAUCUUCUUAAGAAGCUCCGACUCAUGGUAACCAUAAUUGUGGCUGAAGCUGAGCUCUUGAAGCUUGAGGGUCUAUCCUCACAUCAAUUCAGUGUUGCUGUCCAUGUUUUUAAAAAUCAGAGUCAACUUAGUCAAUCACACCUAAACCAACAAAGUGCGCGAACUUGUGGAAUUGAGCCAAGAGGUUCUGAAUCUUCAGACAUUAUAUUCGUGAAGUGGAAUGAAGUAUUCUUCUUCAAAACUGAUUCAGUGGACUGCUGCAUGCUGGAAUUUACUGUAACUGAGACUGGAAAAGAGGAAGCAGUUGGAUCAUGUUCCUGUUCUUUGAAAGAGUUGACUAGGGCUCAUGCCAACUCGAAUUCCAUUAAUGAUCUGAAUGAGUUCUGGCUAGAGCUGUCAUCUAGAGAAUCUUCGCUGGAAGGCAGAAGCAGAAAAGUUGGUAGAAUCAAAUGUGCUGUGUUCUUGCGACCUAGACUCGGAACUGAAAGUCCUAAACCAAUAAAUGGAUUCAGGAAAUCUGGUUCAAUUCAGAUUAGCACAUCCCCAGAGGGACCAUGGACGACAAUGAGGUUAAAUUAUGGUUCGCCUGUUGCAUGUUGGAAACUAGGAAAUAAUCUGGUUGCAAGUGAAGUCUGUGUAUGUGAUGGAAACAGAUAUGUCAGCAUUAGAUCUCUGGUAUCAGUUCGUAAUAAUACCGAAUUUACUCUGGAUUUAUGCCUCAAGCUCAGGGCUACAAACGCAGAUACAAAGUCAGAAAGUGGUGAGAGGAAGAUGGCUCAGUAUGACGGGAGUAAAUUGGCAACUGAGGAACUGUUUGAAUCUCAGAAUUACAGCACUACUAAUGGUUGGUUUGCAUGUUCCAACUUUGAGGAGGAACUGUCCAGAGUCGACUUGCCUUCAGGAUUGGAAUGGAUUGAUGAAUGGCAUGUUGAUAAUACAUCUGCCAACACAGUUGAUGGAUGGGUAUAUGCUCCAGAUUAUGAAAGUUUGAAGUGGCCAGUUUCAUACAGUUCACCAGAAUAUGUGAAUCGCGCUAGGCAAAGGAGGUGGACAAGGAACAAGAGACACGUAGCUGAGGGUCUGAAGUCGCAAAUAAUGAUUGGGUCUCUAAAACCUGGAGAAACUAUUCCUAUUCCCUUACCUUGCCUUGAUCAGUCAGCCUCGUAUCUGUUGUAUCUGAAACCUGUAAUAAUAGAAGCUACUAACCAAUAUUCAUGGAGUUCUGUCAUGGAUAUAUCUUCUCAGUCACAGGAUUUGGAGAGAUCAGGUGAAAUCCGAGAAGUUUGUGUCUCCAAUCUGACGGAGUCUGAAAAACUCUUGUGUUGCACCGAAAUAAGUGAAAGUUCAUCAAAUAGUUCGCAUGGUUUGUGGUUUUGCUUGAGCAUCCAAGCCACUGAAAUUGCAAAGGAUACCCAGUUUAAUUCAAUACUGGAUUGGACUGUUGUUGUUAAACCUCCUGUAUCGAUUGCUAACUAUCUCCCACUUGCAGCUGAAAUUUCACUUCUUGAGAUGCAAGCAAGUGGUCAUUUUCUUUCCUGCUACAGAGGGGUGUCUGGUCCAGGGGAAAGUGUCAGGGUGUAUGAUGCUGACAUAAGAAAUCCCUUGUACUUCUCUUUGCUUCCCCAGAAAGGAUGGCUGCCACUACAUGAGGCCGUUUUGGUAUCACAUCCUAACAGUUCACCAUCAAAGACAAUAAAUUUGAGAAGCUCUGUGUCUGGAAGGAUUGUUCAAAUUAUUAUUGAGCAGAAUAAUUCCAAUGAAGUUCCUUUGCAACCAAAGAUUAUUAAAGUGUAUUCUCCAUAUUGGCUCGGAGUUGCAAGAUGCCCGGCACUUAGUUUCAGGCUUGUUGAUGUCAAUGCUAGAAAAAUGAAGAAGAAUCCACUGUCUUUUCACACCAAAAAGAGCGAAGAGGUCAUUCUCGAGGAGAUUACUGAGGAGGAUAUACAUGAAGGUUAUACACUUGCAUCUGCAUUGAACUUCAAAUCUCUUGGCCUGUCUGCAUCUAUUGGUCACUCUGGAGAAGAGAAUUUUGGACCUGUUAAGGAUCUUUCUCCACUUGGGGACAUGGAUGGAUCUCUGGACAUUUUUGCUUAUAAUGCCGACGGGAAGUGUAUGCAACUCUUUGUAUCUACAAAGCCUUCCCCGUACCAGUCUGUCCCAACAAAGGUAAUCUCCAUUCGACCGUUUAUGACGUUUACGAACAGAGUUGGUCAAAAUAUGUUCUUGAAGUUCAGCAGUGAAGAUGAACCUAAGACUUUGCGGGUGUCAGAUGCCAGAGUCUCCUUUGUACAUAAUAAAACACAAGGACCUCAUCUAAUUCAGGUACGGUUACACGAUACAGAUUGGACAUUUCCUAUUCAAAUAGUGAAGGAGGAUACUAUCACACUGGUCUUAACGAAACAUAAUGGUACACGGAUAUUCGUACGAGCAGAAAUUCGAGGCUAUGAGGAGGGCUCUCGAUUUAUAAUCGUAUUCCGCCUUGGAUCAGCUAAUGGUCCUAUUAGGAUUGAGAACAGAACGAAAGGUAGUAUAAUAAGAUUUCGACAAACUGGUUUUGGUGAUGAUGCUUGGAUUAAGUUACAGCCACUGUCAACAGUAAACUUUUCUUGGGAGGAUCCCUAUGGCCAAAAAAAUAUUGACGCUGAGUUCUAUACCGGCAUUCAUACUGGGGUUUACAAAGUUGAUCUGGAUAAAGCUGGAUCGUCCUCUAUUGAUGACAACUGUGGUUUCUUUAUCCAUGUUGCAAAUAUUGGAGAUAUUAAAGUUGCUAGGUUUAUGAACAGACAUUAUACAAAUUCACAUGAAAGAAGUGGAGCUCCAAUGCUGGGGGGGAAUUGGGGAAAUACUGAUAUCCAUGCCAAGACAACAGAACAAGGAUCUCCACUUGAGAUUAUACUAGAGUUGGGUGUUGUCGGCGUCUCCGUCAUGGACCAUAGACCAAGAGAGCUUGCCUACUUGUACAUGGAGAAAUUUUUCAUAUCCUAUUCGACUGGCUAUGAUGGUGGAACAACAAGCAGGUUCAAGCUUAUACUUGGUUACAUGCAGUUAGACAACCAGCUUCCUCUGACAGUGAUGCCAGUACUUCUUGCGCCUGACCAGACUCCUGACGUGCAGCAUCCAGUGUUCAAAAUGACCAUUACUAUACGCAAUGAAAGCCUUGAUGGUCUCCAGAUCUACCCUUAUGUUUACAUACGGGUAAUUGAUAAAAUCUGGAGGCUUAAUAUCCAUGAGCCAAUUAUUUGGGCUUUUGUAGAUUUCUUCAACAAUAUCCAACUAGAUCGUAUUCCACAAACUUCGGGUGUCACUCAAGUUGAUCCUGAAAUACGCGUUGACUUGAUUGACAUUUCUGAGGUAAGAUUGAAGAUUGCUUUGGAGACUGCACCAGCCCAAAGACCUCAUGGACUUCUCGGUGUGUGGGGUCCUGUUCUUUCAGCUGUUGGGAAUGCAUUUAAAAUUCAGGUUCAUCUGCGGAAAGUAACACACAAGGACAGAUUUCUUAGGAAGAGUUCUGUGGUUUCUGCAAUUGGGAACCGCUUAUGGAGAGAUCUGAUCCAUAAUCCAUUGCAUUUAAUCUUCUCGGUAGAUGUACUUGGCAUGACAAGUUCCACUUUGGCUUCUCUAAGCAAAGGUUUCGCAGAGCUGUCAACUGAUGGGCAAUUUCUCCAACUUCGCUCGAAGCAGGUGUGGUCAAGAAGGAUUACUGGUGUUGGUGAUGGAUUUGUUCAAGGAACUGAAGCUCUUGCACAAGGUGUAGUUUUUGGGGUGUCAGGGGUUGUGAGGAAACCUGUAGAAAGUGCCAGACAAAAUGGUGUUCUUGGCCUUGCCCAUGGACUUGGACAAGCUUUCCUGGGAUUUAUUGUACAGCCAAUGAGUGGGGCACUUGAUUUUUUCUCUUUAACUGUCGAUGGAAUUGGUGCAAGUUGCUCCAGGUGUUUCGAAAUUAUAAACAGCAAGACAAACUUCCAGAGAAUACGAAACCCACGGGCAUUUCACUCUGACAAUAUACUAAGAGAAUACUCUGAGAGGGAGGCACUUGGUCAGAUGAUACUUUACCUUGCUGAAGCAAGUCGGAAUUUGGGAUGUACCGAAAUAUUCAAAGAGCCAUCUAAAUUUGCAUGGUCAGAUUGUUAUGAAGAUUACUUUGUGGUGCCCUAUCAACGGAUUGUUUUAGUGACAAACAGGCGAGUGAUGCUUCUCCAGUGUGUGGCCCCUGAUGAGAUGGAUAAAAAGCCCUGCAAAAUAAUCUGGGAUGCACCUUGGGAAGAAGUUAUGGCACUGGAAUUGGCCAAAGCUGGCUACCCUAGCCCUUCUCAUUUGAUUAUCCAUCUCAAAACCUUCAGGAGAGGUGAGAGCUUUGUUCGAGUGAUAAAGUGUAGCACUGAACAGCUCUCAGAAGACAGAGAGCCACAAGCCGUUAGAAUCUGCUCAGUGGCGUGUAAGAUGUGGAUGGCACAUAAGAACAAUGAAAAACAGGUUCCCUCAAGCCAAAGACAAGGAUAUUCUGGUAGGAGAGAAGUGGGUGCAAGAGAACAUCAUAAACAGAAUAUAGCCAUCAUCAAAUCAGUACGACUUUCUUCUUUAGGUUCCACUUCCAGUGAACAGAAAUUUGUGGAACACAGUGUUAACUUUUCAAGGAUUUGGAGCAGCGAGCGAGAACCGAAAGGUCGGUGUACUUUCUGCCGAAAGCAGAGCUUGGGCAGUGACAAAAUUUGUAGUAUCUGGCGGCCAGUUUGUCCUGAUGGGUAUGUAUCGGUUGGUGAUAUAGCUCGUCCUGGCUGCCAUCCACCUAAUGUUGCAGCAAUAUAUAACAAUUGUGAUAAAUUGUUUGCCUCUCCAGUUGGUUAUGAUCUGGUAUGGAGAAACUGUAUUGACGACUACAAAAAUCCUGUAUCGAUUUGGCAUCCACGAGCUCCUGAGGGGUAUGUCUCUCUAGGAUGUGUUGCUGUGCCAUAUUUUGCAGAGCCAGAACUCGACUAUGUCUACUGUGUAGCUGAAUCUCUUUGUGAAGAGACGUCAUUGGAAGAGCAGAAGAUAUGGUCAGCUCCCGACUCUUAUCCAUGGGGCUGUCAUAUUUACCAAUCAAACAGCGAUGCUCUUCAUUUUAUUGCAUUAAGGCAGCCUCGGGAAGAAACGGAAUGGAAGCCCAAGAGGGUUCUUGAUAACCCCCAACUACAUUCAUGUGCUGAUGUCUCAAACUGAAAUAAGGUUUUCCUCUUACGUAAAAUCAAGUGGAGUUUUUAUUUUCUCAGAUUAUAUAUUUUUCGUCUAAUCAUAGAUUUCGGAUGUGUAUAGCUGUGGUUUUCGGAAAUUUUUUGCUGCAUUUUGAAUGCGAGAAUGAUGCUUGAGGAGAUCCAAAAGUUGUGAAUUUCCAGUUGGUUUAUUUUAUACGAAUUACAUUUCUCUCUGAAAAA